CAAUCAAUGUCAAAACGCACGCACUCCCCACCACCCGCAGGGGGCGCGCUCGUCAAAAGAGCCAAAGCAACCCCCCCACCGUCCAACCAAAUUGCCAUCUCCUCAAGCAACGACGAGCGAAGCAAAGGCCUCAUCAGAACCGUUCAACGCACCAGCGCCCUUGAAGCACCUAUCAUCAGCUUAGCUGGCUCACACUCGGCCGAAAUUUUGAGCUGUAGGUUCGACCCGUCAGGACAAAACAUCGCAGCGUGUUCCGCUGACCGAAGCGUCUCCCUCUGGCGCACAUACCCACCAAACACAAACUACGGCCUCCUCUCCAGCCACACCAAAGCUCCCAUCCUCGACCUCCAAUGGUCCCUAUGCUCACCAACACUCUACACCGUCUCCGCAGACCACAUGCUCUCCAUGACGGACGUCACCACCGGCCAACGAUACCGCCGCAUCCGUGCGCACCGCGAGAUUAUCAAUUCUGUGGAUAGGACGAUGGCAGGAGGCGCUGGGACCGAGUUGGUGGCUACGGGCUCUGACGAUGGUACGGUGAAGAUAUGGGAGGGAGGCGAGGACGCGGGGAAGUACGCCGUCGCGACGUUUGAUGUGGGAUGCCCGGUGACGGCUGUUGCAUGGAGUGCGGAUGGUGCGAAUGUGUAUAUUGGUGCUAUUGAUAAUGAGAUCCACGUAUACGACCUUCGAAAAUGCGAACAAGUAUACACCCUCACAGGACACAACGAUACCCCCACCUCCCUCUCCCUCUCUCCCAAUGGGAAUUUCCUCCUCUCCCCGUCGUUUUCAUCUCAAACCAUCAUACAUGACGUGCGGCCCUUCUCCCCAUCGCCAUCACGGAUACAUAGAGUCCUGAUGGGCGCCCCGGCAGGGUUCGAAAAUACCCUGUUGCGAGGAGCGUGGAGUAAGGAUGAUGGUGGACGAAGGGUCGCCGUGGGUGGUGCGGAUCGAAUGGUGUGUAUUUGGGAGGUGGAUAGUGGGAGGAUUCAGUACAAGCUUCCUGGCCACAAGGGUACGGUGACGUCUGUAGAUUUCCACCCCAAGGAACCUAUCAUUCUGACAGGAAGCAAAGACGGUACCAUGCUACUGGGAGAGAUUGAACCCAGCGUGACGGCGUAGCUUCCCUCUAGAUCUGCUGCAUGUACCUACACUGUAUCCCAUGCAAAAAGAAUCGCUCAUUUUUGUU